GGGGGGGGGGGUGGGUUUGGGCUCCGGCUCGUGUCGGUGGAUCCGCAGUGAUUUGCUCCGCUGGAGUUUUCGGAGCUCGGGCUGCGCUGGCAUUACCUGCUGCGGGUUUGCACGAGGUCCCUUCCCAACGCCAGGCUUCCUUUCGGGUGGUGGAAGCAGGAAUUCUCCCCGCGGCCAAAAGAUGUGCCCUACUUUGGAUAUUCCUGCAUUGAAUGUCUGAGGAGCUCCAGCCGAUCCUGAGCCAUGUCGCAGAUGUUGCACAUAGAGAUUCCCAACUUCGGGAACACCGUUCUGGGCUGCCUGAACGAGCAGCGGCUGCUGGGGCUGUACUGCGAUGUCUCCAUCGUGGUGAAGGGCCAGGCCUUCAAGGCUCACCGGGCGGUGCUGGCCGCCAGCAGCCUCUACUUCCGAGACUUGUUCAGUGGGAACAGCAAAAACGCCUUUGAGCUGCCGGGUACCGUCCCCCCCGCCUGCUUCCAGCAGAUCCUCUCCUUCUGCUACACCGGGAAGCUGACCAUGGCCGCGAGCGAGCAGCUGGUGGUGAUGUACACGGCGGGCUUCCUGCAGAUCCAGCACAUCGUGGAGAAAGGCACGGACUUGAUGUUCAAGGUCAGCUCGCCCCACUGUGACUCUCAGACCACCAUGAUCGAAGACCCCAGCUCGGAGCCGCAGAGCCCCUGCAACCAGCUGCAGUCGGCCUCGGCGCCCUACGUCAUGUCCCCCUCCAUGCCCAUCCCGCUCCUCACGCGCGUCAAACACGAGAACAUGGAGCUGCAGGCGGCCGCCCUGCCCGGCGGGCCUGGGAAAAGGCCCCUGGAACCCGGCGCCCGGGACGGGGCCGGAGGCGGCGGCGCCAACGCGGGGCCCCUGAAGCUCUCCCGCGUGUCCUACUACGGGAUGCCCAACCUGGCCACCCUCAUCCCCAACGUGCAGCAGGUGCAGUACUCGCAGGGGGAGCGGACGAGCCCCGGCGCCAGCAGCAUUCCCACCACCGACAGCCCCACCUCCUACCACAACGAGGAGGACGAGGAGGACGACGAGGCCUACGACACCAUGGUGGAGGAGCAGUACGGGCAGAUGUACAUCAAGUCCUCGGGAGGCUACUCUGUUGCUCAAGAGAAGCCAGAGCAGAUCCCGCUGGAGAACCGCUCCUGUGUCCUCAUCCGACGGGAUCUUGUUGCUCUCCCGGCCAGUCUCAUCAGUCAGAUCGGAUACCGCUGCCACCCAAAACUCUACUCGGAGGGAGAUCCUGGAGAAAAACUUGAGCUCGUUGCUGGCUCAGGCGUUUACAUCACCCGGGGGCAGCUGAUGAAUUGCCACUUAUGUGCCGGUGUCAAACACAAGGUCCUCCUGAGGCGUCUCCUGGCCACCUUCUUCGAUCGGAACACACUUGCCAACAGCUGCGGAACUGGAAUCCGGUCCUCCACGAGCGAUCCCAGCAGGAAGCCCUUGGACAGCAGAGUCCUUAAUGCAGUCAAAUUGUAUUGUCAGAAUUUUGCCCCGAGCUUUAAGGAAAGCGAGAUGAAUGUGAUCGCGGCCGACAUGUGCACCAACGCCCGCCGCGUCCGCAAGCGCUGGCUGCCCAAGAUCAAGUCCAUGCUGCCGGAAGGGAUGGAGAUGUACCGCACCGUCAUGGGCUCCACCACAAACAGUGUCCCCCUGGAUCCCGAAUUCCAGCCCAACACUGCUCAGGUCUUCGAGCAGCGAAUCUAUGCAGAAAGGAGGAGCGACUCGGGAACUAUAGUAGCCUUGAGAACUAACACAGUGAAUGUAGAGCUGAGCAACGGAUCCAACCAGUCCUUCGAACAGAGCGAGGACGCCGAGGGGGCCGGCUCUGUCAUACAGGAGGCAGCUGCCACAGAUGCCAUGGCAUCGGAUACCCAAAGCACUCCCCAACCUUUUGAACAAGGUUCGGGCUCCUCCAGCCGGCCCGAGACUCCCGUGAGAAGACAAGAUGGUACUUACGGAGGGACUUUAUAGAGAGAGCAAACAUUUCAUGACCUAUAAGGGAUCUGUAAUACUAAAGCUGCUUGCAUGCAUUACUAAUACAAAACAAAAAAAAAAUGUGAUCAAGCCACUUACCUACUGAACU